AUGGUACACCUUAAUAUGCAGAUUGUUGGUAGCAUUUCUGCCGUGUCAUCAUCUCUUCAUGUUGGAAAGGCGGGGCCAAUGGUCCAUACCAGUGCAUGCAUUGCAGCAUUAAUGGGUCAAGGUGGGUCAAAAAAGUAUUUGUUAACAUGGAAAUGGUUACGGUUUUUCAAGAACGAUCGAGACCGGCGGGAUCUUGUAACAUGUGGCUCAGCGGCUGGAAUUGCUGCUGCUUUUCGUGCUCCAGUUGGUGGUGUGUUGUUUGCUCUUGAAGAAAUGGCAUCUUGGUGGAGAAGUGCCCUUUUGUGGAGAGCUUUCUUCACAACAGCUAUUGUUGCAAUAGUUCUCCGGGCUUUGAUUGAUGUCUGUUGGAGAGGCCAGUGUGGACUAUUUGGUACUGGGGGUCUGAUAAUGUAUGAUGUCACCUCAGUAGAUGUUGCCUAUCACCUCAGGGAUGUGCCUUCUGUUAUUAUUCUUGGAGUUAUAGGGGGCAUAUUGGGAAGUGUAUACAAUUUUAUUUUACAUAAAGUUCUCCGAAUUUACAAUCUAAUUAAUGAGAAAGGCACUGCUUACAAAAUACUUCUUGCCUGUUCCAUCUCCAUUUUCACAUCCUGUCUUCUAUUUGGAUUACCAUGGCUUGCACCUUGCCUACCUUGCCCACUUGAUGCAACAGAGCCGUGCCCAACGAUUGGUCGGUCUGGUAACUACAAGAAAUUUCAAUGCCCUCCUGGUCAGUACAACGAUCUUGCCAGCCUCUUUUUCAAUACAAAUGAUGAUGCAAUCAAAAACCUAUUCAGCAAGGACACCGACUCUGAGUUCCACCACACAUCAAUGCUCAUAUUCUUUGUCACCUGCUUUUUUCUCAGUAUUUUUAGUUAUGGGAUUGUGGCGCCUGCGGGUCUCUUUGUACCUGUAAUUUUGACAGGUGCAUCUUAUGGACGUUUUGUUGGAAUGCUAGUUAGUUCCGGGUCAAAUCUUAACCAUGGCCUGUAUGCCGUCCUUGGUUCUGCUUCUCUUCUUGGUGGGUCUAUGAGGAUGACAGUUUCCUUGUGUGUUAUUAUCCUAGAGUUGACCAAUAACCUAUUAUUGCUACCCCUAAUAAUGCUAGUUCUUCUUGUCUCCAAGACUGUAGCUGAUGCCUUUAAUGGGAAUAUUUAUGACAUUAUAAUGAAGUUGAAGGGUUUUCCCUACCUGGAAGCUCAUGCGGAGCCAUACAUGAGGCAGCUGAUGGUUGGUGAUGUAGUCACAGGCCCACUUCAGGUCUUUCAUGGCAUUGAGAAGGUUGGUACCAUAGUACAUGUUCUCAGAACUACUGGACAUAAUGGUUUUCCUGUGAUAGCUGAGCCUCCACUUUCAGAAUCCCCAGUUUUGUUUGGUUUGAUCCUCCGUGCGCAUCUUAUCACGUUGCUGAAGACGAAAGCUUUUUUGCAUGCACCAGAGCCAAUUGAUGUUGAUGCUUUUAAGUAUUUCUCAGCAAAUGAUUUUGCGAAGAAGGGUUUGGGUCAAGAUGACAAAAUUCAAGAUAUAGAACUUACUGAGGAAGAGAUGGAGAUGUUCAUUGAUUUGCAUCCUUUCACUAAUGCUUCACCAUAUACUGUUGUGGAGACAAUGUCACUAGCAAAGGCUCUCAUACUUUUCCGAGAAGUUGGUUUAAGGCAUCUGCUGGUGAUACCUAAAAUUUCUGGGAGAUUACCUGUCGUCGGUAUAUUGACAAGGCAUGAUUUCAUGCCAGAACAUAUAUUGGGCUUGCACCCUUUCUUGGUGAGGAGCAGGUGGAAAAGAUUGAGAUUCCGGUUUCCCCUUUGGAACAAAAUCUUUUAGGGCAUCUCAUCCAAGCAUCAGAAUUGCUCCUGGUAUAAGUUUGUGGAUGCUUCUUGGCUUCAUAAGGCUAUGGACAGAUCCCAGGAUCGAUAUCAUUAUUCUUUUUCAAUCAUAUUGUGGAAGUCACAGGGCAUUUGGUGAGUCUGACAUCAUGAGAUAAGAUUGUAUUGUGUGAGUGAGUAAGCCGUUGUAUGGGAUAAUCGAUAGCUCUUCCUGAUUUGAGGAGCUGGUAUGGUGAAAUUAGUUGGUUCUAAAUUACGAGAGGCUACCAUUACAGUGACCAAUGGCCAAAAUAAGUUUACUCAAGAUUAUGUACAGCGGUCAUCGGAUAUAGUCUAUUUUGUAUAGACAAAAAUGUAAUACUGCUUACCAUGGCAAAGAUUAUUGCAUGAUUGACCAGAUUACUGUUACAAUGGCUAUUGUCUCCUUAUUUUCAUUGCUAUUACUGUUGACAUUCUGACAUUUAACAUUUAUGAAAUUUUAG